AGAGACGGAAGAGACCGGGAGACUCUUUAACUAAUUCUUUCAGUACUUUCUACAUAUUCGCAGGAUCAUCCUUAUUGUCAUUUAUCAUAGCCUCAUAAUACUCCUUUUUCUUUUCUUUAAUUAUGUACAUAGGAUAAUAUACUGAGAAGUGAAUAUGAGUUAAUAAUGACUUAUCGACGAAAGGCUGAGAGAAUAUUAAUUUGAUUUUGGUAAUGAGAGAUGUAAUCAGGGAAAUGAAAGUAAUCUGUGCCGUUUUUCGCAUCGCUUUAGUUAUAAUUUUCUUUUCUCCUUGUAGACAUAUUAAUUAGUUAAUGUUUGACUAUGGCUCUGUUUUUACUUUUCUGUGCGUUUUAUUUAACUGUUAUAGGAUAUACAUUUACAUAGCUAUGGGAAUCGGCCGUUUAAAUAUUAUUACUUUGUGGAAUAUUUAAGAUAAGUCUAUCAACCACGAGCCGCUAUCUGUGCCAGAGUAAUUUUCAUUUUUUCAAUAGGUUUAUACACGAAGAAACUCUAUUGAACGACUAUUGCUUUCGCGUUAAGGCGAUUUCAGCCGGACUCGUAAUAUGCUUGUUGGCGUUAAUGUAAUUCCGUCGGCGCGUUUGUUAUUCUCAUUACGGUAAUAUUAUUAUCUUCGUAAAUGAAUAGCUUACUAGAGAUAAUUUCAUUAACAAGAAAAUCAUAUGCGCAAAUUAGGAUCGUUUAAUUCUCAUUUUGAUUACGUGAAAGUUCGAAGAACAGACCGCGUCUCUAUGUUAAGAAAAUUAUGUGUCUACUAACUAUAAAUUAUGCCCCAUAAAUUUUCCUACCUUAAAAAUAUAUAUAUUUACCUAUUGAAAUUUACAAGUAAAAUUAAUGAAAAAUAUUUCCAAAGUAUGAUACUUAUCUAGUUGUGCAAAAAUUAUUUGGAAUUCUAGCGAUUCGAUUUUGUCAGAGAAAUUAUGUUAAACCAUUAAAUUAGAUCUGGAUUUUUAUAAGUAUACACUUUAAUUAUGCAAAGAGCAGCUUUUACGUAUCGUUUCGACUCUCUUGGCGAAGCAAAAUAUAAUGCUCCAACCAGAUUUAUAUUUUAAAAAUGCAAAUUGUGAAAUUUCGAGCUGGUCAUUCGAUAAUUAAAUCGAUUGAUAAUACGAUAAAUGUAAUAAAUCAAAAGGUACACGUACGCCGGAGCGGAAAAUAAAACACCACGGAAAUAGAAACCAGUACCGUGAAUCGAACAACGAUGAAUGUACCGGAACGUCGAUCCGCCUGAUUUAAUGUCGUUGAAUCCAUAAAUUUCAUGUAGAUCCGCGCGUCAUUAUCUGAUAUUGUGUAAUAUUUUACGGGUGCCAAGUAUGAUAUAUAAGUACUAAACGUAUGUUACAUGCGCGGGAGUCAGACUUGCUAAUAAAACAAAUCAUAGUUGAUCUCGCAAAUGCAAAAAGUAUUUCAAGUUAAGGGAUAAAACACACAUAUUUCACACAAGUAAUAUAGUAUAUGUCGAUAGGUAGCAAUAUAGAAUUUUCUGUAGUGUUUUUAAAGGAUUUUGACUUAAAUUUAUUUAUUACACAUAUAUCUAAUUUACAAUAAUAAUAUAUAAAUUAUGUAGCAUACAUAUAUAUAUAUUUAAAGUAAAGAGUUACUCAUAAACUUACUUAUAAUCGUCUUUUGCACAAACAUUAACGUAUUAAAUUUGUAUUUGCCUUGUAGUAAGAAUUGAUCGUCCGAAUGAAAGGAACAAACAAAAAGUUCUCUGAAUUUAAUUCUGAUCCAGUCACGAGUGUUUGGUAUUUUUUUCUCUCUCAAUAAGUCAUUAAUUUCAUAUAUGAUUUAAUGAUUUAUUAAAAUUAGAAAUUACAAUUAGAAAGAUAACGCAGCACCUUAGGGAUCGUAUAAAACAAAAAUUCACUAUCAUUAAAUUGAUCUGCUUUGAAUUAAAAGUAACUUUUUUAAUUCUAGCUGGCACAAUACCUUUGUAGAUCUUUUAAACGUGCUUUAUCUAAUUAAGGAUAAUUAGAGUGCGCACACUUCAAGCGUCGGCAAUGCAUUAUAUGUAAUCAAGAUAAUGAUACGUCAUUAUAAAACUGCGAAAGAGAAUCUAAGUCCCACCAUACAAGGCGUCCUACAACUAUCGUACAAUCUUUUUAACGUCUUCCGGAAAGUAAUUAGAAUCGAAAACUUUUAUGAAGCUCAUGUCUUCAAUUAAAUGAUCAAAAUUAGCCAAAGAUUUGGCAUAAAAUUCUCGCGGCAAGAAUUAUUCUUGAAAAUUAGCCAAUUCUCUUUCUGUGCUUGUUUAAAAUUAUAUGACAAGCGAUGCGACGCGAAGAGCAAUACGAUCGGAACUAAUGCUGCGGAUCGUGCACGAACUCGAAGAAAAUGUUAGCGGUACGUUGUUUCGUCUGAUUUACAAUCGCAAAAUAUAAUAAUGCGAUCGGUUGGCGUCGCCCACGCUCGGACUGCAGCACUCGGCACACGAUGCAAAGGCAAGCGAUAGUUAAUUUACAGGGUGGUAACAUACCGCGCGCCGACGUUAUACGAGAAAAUAAUUUCGCCCACGCGUGUCUAAGACACGGUAUGCUGCGGCGAGAGCGUAAUGCGAGACUCUGGCUUCGGGCUAAAGGCGUGUGUCGAGUAGCCGUAGAACUUUGCACCAAGUCCUUCUUUUAUCCAUUUCUACCGGUUAGCUGACCACUGAGACUAUUGAGCAAUCACGACGCUUAUGUUUGCGCUGAAAAGCGAUCCAAAAAACGAUAUAAUUUUUCUGGAGAUUGGUGCGGGGCAAUUAACAAUUAAAAGCAGAAUAAUAUUGUGUUAUGGAUGAAUAUUAUUAAAUGAUGGCUGUUACUUCGUGAUCUCCUCCAGGCUGUCGAACUGCAAUGAUUUAUUUUAAUCGAUAAUUCGAUAUGUAAAUUAUAUUUGUGCAGUAGGAUUAAGUUACCUUCAUCUCGGACGAGUUAAAAUAACCCUUAUAUUACGCUAGUGAGAUUUAUUACCACUUGUGGAAUAUUUGUUUAUAAAUGGCAUACAUAGAUAUGUGAACGAAAUUAUUCUAUCACAUCAGACAGCAAUCGGAGGAUAAAUUAAUUUUGGGAUCAUUUAUUUUAAUUUACUUAUUUUUACUUAUUGUUUAUACGUUUUAUAUCCGAUAUAUGUAAUGUUCUGGUUGAUAUGAUGAAUGGUGAUGUCGACGAAGAGAUCAGAUUAGGAAUUUAGAGGAUAAGGAAAAGAGCUCUAUUUUCCAGUCGAUUGAGCCCGUUUAUUUCCUCAAGUCCAGUAGUUUUGUAGACACGCGAGUUGUACGAACAUGGCUCAUAAGCAGCCCGGGGCAGCGCCGAUGCACGUCUCAUAACACGAUGAUGCAAAACCGAGGAAUGCCGAUUUUCUCAUUAAUCACACGCAUAAGUCGCUCACAUGGGAAUGUUGAUAAAACAGCCCGGUGAAUGGGGGGCGAUUGAUUUCUUCAUUUUUCGUCUUCCGCCGAUCGAACUCUUUGACUUGCAUCGCCCCGCCUUCUUGUUCCUUUCUCUCUCUCUCUCUCUCUCUCUGCUCUCGUCGCACUGUCGACACCUUAAUGGGAUGCGACGCGAGAUUUAGAGCAGCCCCAGAAAUAUGACGAUAAUAUGCAAAUACACGCGUCGCGCCUCGUAAUCAUUGCCACCAAGUGUGCGUAAGCAACCGCGCCUUCGCCCUAUUUUCGACGGGUCUUACAACGUGCGUAAUUUAUCGACGACGAUUUCUAGAGGCGAGCCGAUUAUAACACCCUAGCGUUAUCGGCGCAAUUCACUAACAAUGUCCGAUUUGCAGAUUAGAUAGUUUCUACAUUUUCGUGUUACAUCGACGAUAAUUACGCCCGCUAGCAGAUAAAUUAGAUAUUUUUAUUAGCCAGGUUGUCAUAAAUUGUUGCUAACUAUUAUUAACAUUAAAUUUAAAUAGAAAAUUUAUUUAAUAUUAAAAAUAGAAUUAAAUUAAGUAAAAGAAUUUAUAUUAAUAUUCAAUGUUGUGUAGAAUACAAAUGGAAAUCAGUUACAUAAUAUGCAACUUCUUCAAAUUUCUAUACAAUUUUGAAUAUUUGUAACACAUAUAUUAAAAACUCGUAGAUUUUUUUUUUAUUACGCUCCUCGAUGUAUAUUAGAGUUUCAUCGCGUUGUACCGAUUCGCAAUCAAUCGUUAUUGUUUCUCGCGCCUUGUUCGUAGAUAUUCUUUUUCUCGCCGGCAAACCAGAGCGCAACUUUCGGGCUACGGCUCGUGGUAGCACUUGGCAAGUGGGUGGCACCAAAGUAAUCUCGUUCUCAUACAUAAAACAUGAAGAGUGGUAUUAUAUUGCCCUGCCCCUCUUUGACUUAUCGGCGAGUUUGAGUUGGCAGAAUUUUCGCGGCGGCGUCCGCACCGCGACGAUCGAGGAAGGUGCACAGCUUGUCGUCGAGGGGGGCUAAUGAACGUAUGCUCCCUUCAUAAAUUUAUGCAACGGAAUUUAAUAUACAUAGGCCGUUUAACACGCUAGCGCCAAAGUAGUAAAUUAAUAACGGACGCAUUGAAUACGUCGCGUACGUAUCGAUCAUUGGUCUCGCAUUUCCAAAAGUAAUUUUACAAAGCAGUGAAGGCAAUUGAAAAAUUAUAUUAUCUUUUUUUCUUCGAAGUUUAUGUGUACGAUAAUUAUUUUUAAGCGACAAAAGUAAGAUGAAGUAAGAGAGAGUCGAGCGAAUAAUGAAUACGUGUUUGACAUGGAAAAAUAAGAAUUAUAAGACAAAUAAUGAAUUAAAUACAUAACGUACAAAUUUUAUACUAGCACAAAAUAUAUCAACAAAUAUAUAUGACAAGAAUAUAUCAUAUUUUGUGCUAGAAAUUAUUUGGAUUUAGACCAGGGGUUCCCAACUAGUGGUCCGUGGACUACCAGGGGUCCGCGAGAACUAAAUUAAGGUCCGAAAAAUAAAGUCACGUUGAUUUUCAAUUAAGUUCUCUAUUAUAAAAAUAUAUUUAAAUAUUAUUCUAAGUUUAAUGUUAACUAAAAGUUAUGAUUAAAAUUUAUUUUUACAUUCUUGGAAUGUUUAUUUUGAACCUUGGGGUCCCUGCACCGAAUGAAAAAAUCCUAGUGGCCCUUAGUCAAAGAAAGGUUGAAAACCACUGAUUUAGACGAACGUUUGAUGUUUUCUAAAACUCUUUAUUACUUUUUAAAUUGAUGUUAAUUAUUUUUUACUCAUAUUAUAUGUAAAAUUUUAAUAAAUUGAUGAGCUAGGAUUUUCCUCAUUAAUGAGAAAUAAUCUUGUUAAGUAAAGUCUUAUAUUCAAAAUCUGCUUUCUUAUAUAGUAAAUUAUUAUCUAUUAUUUAUGUAGCAAGAGCACAAAAACUUGAACGGAACCACGUCGAGGCUAACUAUAGAGAUCAGUUUAAUGGUCUCACAUUGAUCAUUAAGUAGGAAAUACCGUUCGUUUUCGAUGAACGUCGCCGCGGCCGAUGGUUUUCUCUCCCUCCUUACGUUCCUUCUUUUUCUUUUCGUCGAAAGACAUCCUCGGGGCGAGAUCCAGCGAGAGUUUCCUGCUGGCGCAGGACUAUCUAGGAAUGCGGUAUGCGAAGCCGGCACUAUUAAGCACAUAGGAAGAAAGGCAGCGCGGACUGUAGAUAGAUCCUCUCCACGGCAAUCACCUCCUGGGUGGUCCAAGCGAUCGCCACCGGCCACCGCUCGUAUAACGUCCUUGUAACUUCAUAUUAAGUCAUUUCCCCGCGCGCGCACGUUCCCCUGCCCACCGUUUCGCGGUAACCUUCCGCUACGUCAAUGAGUCCCCGAAGGUUGGAGCCUGUCCCAUCAACGGUAUCCUGCCACCAGCCAGGCACCGGGACGUGUCAACACACUCGCGGAUCCUUCCUCCCGUUCGUGGUAGACGGCAUAAGCAAACAUGGAGCGAAGUGCCGGCUGGCAGGUGACGAAGAGCUGGUCAUCGAGUUAGCACGAAGAUAACCGCGUGUCUUUCUAACUGGAUAAUAAUGUGCGAGAUAGUAUCGCGAUCGAGGCUGUUAUGGUUAAGGAAAAGAGAUUAUCGAGAUAAUCUGCCGCAAACUGGAAGCGGGGAAAUGUGCAGCCUGAUCGAGAGAUGUUCGAGUCAGCUUUAUCUUACUUGAUCUCGAUAAUAAUUCUCGAAUCUUACUUUUAUCUUACUUUCGUUUUGCUUGAUUUUAUUGAUAAUGUCUCUAUUUAUUUUAUUACUUAUUAAUAACAUAAUAUUUUAUAUAUUUUUUUAAAUUUCAUCUUAAGUGAAAGAUCUUUCAAUCCUUUUUUUAAUUUCAUCCAAUCUUUAAGUAAGGUUAUUACUAGCUCGAUACGCAUAAACCAUAUAAUUCUAUCUUUUGUAAUCAUAUUGUAAUUAUGAAAUUGUUACGACGAUGCGAAUUUCCUUUAGAAAAAUAUUUUCCAGAACGGUAGUCCGCGCGAACACGUUUCGCACUCUUCAUGCAAGAAAUAGGGAAGUGUGGAAGUUCUCUAAUAGAGUCAUACGCACGCGCGUCAGCUUGCGCUAACAGGCUAUAUUUUAUCUCGAUCACGCUCGCCGCAGAUAAAUCUGGGCGACUGGCAUUUUUCGAUAUCGAGUGGACAGUGUUUACGAGAUAUUAGACUGUUCCCGAGUUAUGAUUUAGCGAACGACUGCGGGGCAUUAGGGUGUUAGGCGCUUCGUAAUGGAGUCAAAUGCGUGCCUUUAGAGCCUCCCUGAUGAAAAAGCGGGACUGAUUUAAUACGGACUUUGGUACUCGUGAUCAUCGACGGCUUGUUAACGAAAGGGGAGCGUAACCCGGCGUGACGGGCAGAAAAAAGGGGGAUACUUCCAAAAAAUAGUAUCUUAAAAUCUUGCUUUUCGAUCGCCUCAUCGCUAUGAGCCGUGAAAGCCAAAAUCUGAUUUAACCGUCGAUAGAGAUACCCCGGGACAAGUUAAAGUUAUUUUAAUAUGGAGCUAAACGCGGAAUACCGAAAGUUUCUAUACCGCCAGCGAAAUGCUAAACAAACAUGUAGAAUGCGAUUUUUUUCUUCUUCCCACGAAUAUACCUUCCGUUAAAACGAAAUUAUCUUGGAAUUUAUCAGCACGUACGGCCUGAGGAAUAAUCGCCGGCAACGGGAGUGAAUUUCAACAUUGCGUAAUAACCAAGGACGCGUCGGGAACCGUCCGCUUUCCCGUAAUCUCGUCAAUGAGCGUUUUUAUUCGUCCGCCCACGUAUAGGGGUGUAAUAACAGCCGCUGCGGAGCGAAAGAGACCGGAAACGUUCCGACGCCCGAAGACACAAAGGACGGGGCAUAACCGAUUAUCGCGAUCGUCGAUUUAUGCAAACGUCGCCGUUAAUAAUGGUGGCGUUCGGCCGAGCGUAAUUACUUGCAUUAUCGCUCGGUUGUACGCGGCGGUGCGGCGGGAAUGUAGAUGCACGUGGGCGACGAACGAAUGAAGCAAGAAAGGGACGGAGACGGAGAGGUGGUAGAGAGAAAACGAGAGAAACGAUGUGGACAGCGCGGGAUGUAUUAAUAAGUUCUUAUUAGCGGCUUCGUGUGCGCGAUGCAAAUUUAUCACUCGGACGAAUUCUGCGAAAUUAGGCGAUUUGGCGCGUCGACGCUGCUCUUAAAUUUAUAUCGGAGCUUUUAUUACAGUGCGACACGACAAUUUCUGUCGCUGUAACGCGGAGUUAAGAGCCGUAAGUUCCUGUUUAUUGUCGGACCGGUACUCUUCACAGCGAAAAGAAAAACACACGGAGGCAACCGUCGAGAUCAGAUUGUAGUAGACGAACCAUUUCCUGGACCGUGCCUCGAACGGCAGGAAAAUUUUUUCACGCAAUGAUAACACUCUGGGAUUUUAUUGCAACUCUAACAGCUUGCGCAAACAACUCGGGGAAGAAAAUUCCGAAAGGGAAGGAAAAGAUUUUCCCGUGAUAAAUCUCGGUCGGAUAGCGGAAUCAGGGUAUUUUCGUUCGAUUUUUACGAAAUAAAGACAUUAGCUAAAACAAGUUUAUUUCACGAUUAAUCGAGAAACACCAUUUUUAGGAGGUCGAGACAAGAUCUUGUUUUUAAUAUCACUUAUUAUCAUUUACAAGUAUUUAUUUUUCUGACAUGGUGAUUAUAAUUCGUACAUCCAUUUUUACAAAAACGGCAAAUACACGCUUAGCUUUGCACCUGGUGGGCGGUAGACCGGAAGUAGCGUCCGGCGGAAAAGUAUGAGAAGUUGUGACACCCGUGGCGCGAGCACCUAGCCGCUUCGCAACGGGACGCCUUCGCGUCCUCGGCUACCUGCGCGAUUAGGCCUCUCCUUUUCUCCCAUACGUUCUCUAAUCUUCGUGCCGCCUUCGUGUACACGCGUGCACGCGUGUAUGGUCGCGUACGUAUCGUCUGGCGCGGCAUUAUCGGCCCUCUUCUCAUGAAUGCCCUCUCAGAACCCGGGAGGACCUCCAUCCCUACGGUCGUGUGAAUCCGGUGGUUUGCGAGGCGGGAAAGGCGGGGGAGGGGGACACAAUGAACAGACUCAUGUACGAGUCGCAGCCGACUUUCCGCACUUGCGGCCUCGAUCUUUACUCGCAGGUAUUUUUCUUAAGAGAGGAAGAAAAACCGCAGGGAGGCGUAAAGAGUGUCGCGCGGAGCGAGACUCGUAUUGAAAACCUAUGGAAAAUCGUGAAAAAAAAAAAAAGGUUGGUGAUCUAAUCGCGGAAGUGCGGACAGCGGGCGAGCGAGUUGUAUAUGCGAGACGAGUGAAUCCUAUAAAAGUGGACGUGCCAACGCGGCAUCCUAUCCGAGGCAGCUGUAGUCGCCGCGGUCUGGUAGAUACGAAUCGCCGUCACGUACGUACUCCACCUGUGUCCAUCGCCGCGAACUCCACGUAAAACCUUUACUCUUCUGAGGAACGCCGCUCUCUGAGAGAUCUCGUCAGAUUUCGAUCGUCGCUCUGGUUUUUCCAAAAGUCAUCCCGACAAAUGUGAAACGUCGUCUUGUCGCAUUGGAAUUGUCAUUCGUACAAUAGCAGCUAAUCGUCACGAUUCCCCAGCAGCGAUUUUUCACGGCGGGGAUUUAACAAUUCUUGUCGUCCACUCGCUCGCGAAAAGUCGCCAAAUGCAAAUUGGUUGUAUAUUCCCCGCGACGACAGUUAGGAAGAUAAGGAUGUCAGAUGGCAACGUAUGCAUCCGCUGUAAUACGAGAAUCCGCGCGUCCAGUAGAAGAGAAGACGAAGGCAAGACCGUUACAACCGGCGGAGAAAGAGAGAGAGAGAGGGAGAGAGAGAGACCCGUUAGAGAGGUCGAAGCCAAUGAAUUCAAUCGUAAAUCUUUCCCUCGUGGAUCCUCAUUACGUGGACGCGAUUUACUCGCGCGCGAUCACCAACAGCGACCGCGAUGAAUUCGCGGGUGCGAAAGCGAAAGUUAACGCCUGCCACGCCUCCGUCGGCUCCGAUAAUGCCUUCGUUAAAUCAAUCGGUCCGGCAUCGCUGGUCCUCCGCGGAUGUCCCUCCCGGUAAUCACGCGCGAGCUAAAAUCGAUUGUUUUCCAUUCGCUCGGCUCUUUCUCGUGCGUCUCGCGUUUAUGAGGCUGCCGCGGAAUUGCGAGAGAGCAAAACGCUAUUCCUAUUUCCACACGCGAUGUGUGAACGUUAAUAAUUCUUCUUCAGAAAUUACAAUACUUCUGGCCUCUAUUUUUAUCGCGAUAUAAAUGUCUUUGAAGAGCUUAGUUUAGAAAUGUUUUAAUUACGUAUAAUUUUUAUGUUUUGCGUGCGUGAUCGAAAGAGUUUGAGCAAAUAUGAAGGUAUAUUUCCCCGUUAAGAUGAAAUAAAAAACGGGACGAGAUCGUUCUUCAUUCAAAACGAGUCCGAAAGAAAUAUCUGGCUUCCGGUGUUCCGAGGCAGAAAAGGCAUCUGAGAAACCAGAUCCAAAGAAACCAAGCAGGAAUGCCUCGUUGCGCAAUCUCGCGUUCUAUUACCAACAGUUCCGUCUCAUGGAGACCGCUCGAAAAGUGCAUAUGAAUGCACGUGUCAUCUCUACCGAAAGAGCAUUCCGGAAGUCGACUCGGGUGUCGAAAUCGUCGGCGCGGGGAACUCUGUAAAUCCCCGGUGCGCCCGAUCGUCAAUCAUCGCGUCGUUGCCUCUCAUCAUGUUUUAUGAGCCGGAUUUAUAUUUAUAUCGGAACGACGCUUGCGUGGCGGACCCGUGGCCACACCUGGACGCCGAUAAAGCGACACGACGCUGACGCACAUAUCACGGACGCGAUUUAUCGCGGGGCUUCUCGAAUCGUCAGCUGGCAGAGCUCGUGCAUCACGGCGUACAUCUCGUUGCUGGACCGACGACGGCCUCGUAAAAUCACGUUCACGCGACCUUACGUCUUGUCCGCGGGAUGCUUACACGGACCUCUCCUCGAGUGAAUCGUAAACCACGUAAACCGCGUGCACAAUGAAUUGUUUCUUGUUUCUGUAAUUUAUCGUCGCAGCGUACGCGGGAAAACACGUGCUAAAAUAUAAUAACGUAUAUUUCAAGUAAAAUAGAAAUGAAAUUUGUGUAAUUUAUAUAAUAUACAAAUAGUUGUCGGUUAAUUGGGACUCAUAACUGACUGAUAUAAUGUCAAAAUUUUUUGUAGCAUUAUUUCCCUUUUUUUCAUAAUUAUUUUAAUGGUCUGACAAAAUUUUUAGAUUUGUAUUUAACUAAAUUUUUAGAUACUCUAAGGAAAUCAUUUUUUUCUAUGCAGAGUAAAUUUUUAAUACUUAUUGUUGCGAGACAGUGAAGUAGCAGGUGAAAACAUGAUGUUUUACAUGAAAAUUAAGCAUUAGCAAUUAUUAUUUUAUUAUUAUUAAUUGUUGCACGCAUCAAUUAAAUGAACCCGUUGCGUCGCGUGCGACAUAAUCUUAGCACAAGCUAAAAUGAAAAGUGAAAUUGCGAUAUCAAGUGAGUUAUCUUUUUCGAAUAGUCAGUACGAUCGCUGAACUUGUCAUUAUGAUUACGAAGAGAUAUAUGUUCCUGUCUCGCUGAUGGCGAGGAUUAUUAAUCAUGGCGCUGCCGCGGCGGGGAGAUAGAUUUUUUUCCUGUCGGAAAUUAUUAUGAAAGAAUAUGUGACGCAGCAAUGUUUCGUAGAUAAAUGCCACGCGCUCGAGAAGCUGCGCCUUAUCUAUAACGUACAUAUUGCAGAAUCACCAUUAAAGGCGUUUAACAUAGUGGCGAUGCUAAACAUGUUUUUCCUUUAUUGGAUUAUUAAGAUAAUUAUGUAGGACGCUUAAGUAUUAUAUAAUAAGUAAGACUGCAAAAAAAGAGAUUUGUUAUUCUAACAAGUGAUUGUGUAUAAUUAUCUUGCUGACAAUAUUAUUUUUAGGCCUGUAUCUAGGUUUUAGACACUUUUUUUAGACCAAAUUUUUAGACACCAGCAAAAUCGUUCUUUCCGUGAACGAUAAUCGCACUGGAUCGAACUAAAUUCAAAUUUAACGCUGAAGUAAUUUGUCUAAAAUUAUUCAUUAUAGUGAAAGUCUAAUCGAGCAUUUCGUCAAUGAAUUCUCGUGACUGUGAUCUGUGAAAUGUGCAUCACACUCAAGGAUCGCAAACGGUCGGUUGGUCGCUCGUGCGUUUACACGUAUCGUAACAUGGUGCCUUGUUAACGCCAGGCCCCGUGAGAAGAGAGCCGUGUUUGUCGUGAACAAACUGAGAUCGAUGACAUCGUACUCUGAGGUACUCAGACUCACGAGUCCCACGAAGGAAUCCGUCCUAUAAAGGCACCGUGAAUUUCACGACUCACGAUUCCAAUGCGCCCGCGCGCGUGUGAGAGAGAGAGAGCACAGUGUGAUCGGCAUACCUUUCUCUAAUCCACCAUAAAAAUAGCUUUCUCAUAAUAACGCGACACAUCGUUGCGCAACGUGCGUCGGGCGUGCGUGUGAUUGCGAGCAUAAUAAAACGAAGCUACGAGAGAAUUAACGCGUGCGUUCGGCGAACCGUAGGUGGUCCGAACUAAAAACCCCCGGCAAGUAUCCGGGCGGCGAUCGAGGAAAGAAAGAAUGAAAAAAAGAAAUACAGGUGCGGUAGCGCGUAAUUAUUAACAGUUGCGCAAUAAAUAACAGAUACGAUUUGGAAGUAGCGCGAGAGAGAUGUCGGGCGCGUAAAAAUAUCGAGCGGCAACAUUAACUUUCUUAAUCUUAAUUAAGAAGUCGGCGCUGAUAAUAAAUUCCAGCUGCUUACGGGAGCGACAUUCCGCACGUAGAAAUUCCCCCGGUCAUUUUUAUUCUAUUCGGAGAUCUCAAUCUUUAAAUCACAUUCUUUCGUCUACACCCAAUCUUCGUAAGUGCGCUUUUCAAUUUAUAAAUCCUCCGAUCUAUUAGAGCAUAUAAUUUCUGAUUUUGAUUUCGCGCGUUAAAAAUCUAUUACCGACAUUAAAUCAAUCUUUGCGAGUGGAGGCUUGUUCUCCAAAGGCACGUGCUUGGUACAAUCUUGCACUCGCGACGGACACGCAUGAUCGAAGGGGACCACCUGUAAUAAGUUCAUGAGACUCCUCGUGCCCACGAUGAAACACCCACCGGGAUGCACUUGUAUGCACGACGCGCGGCUAUCCGGCAUUCAAUUAACAAGAAGAGCGGUCGCUUUGUAUCAUCCGCGGCGUGCGGGGAAAAAUAGCAGGUGCACGGCACGUGCAUGUGCGUCCCGGAAAGGCUCCGUAUAUCGCGCACAUGGUGGCCCUUGCAUUCUCAUAGUCAACUUACGUAUCUGGCUAAAUUAACCGUGAUAUCAUCCGUGUAACCUGCAGUCCAUAAACGUAUUUUUAUAUACUAUCAGUUAUUUUAUAUAGAAUGUAUCUCAAUCUAUUUUUUAUUAAUUUAAUUUGAUUGCAUUUAUUAUCUAUUUAUUUUAUAUCAUUUGUUAUUUAUUCUGGUUAAGCGAAUAUUCCUUGUUUAACAUACAGGUAAAAAGCGUUUAAAAAACAAUUUCUUGGCAAUGUCUUUGACUACUGUCUAUAUACGAUUCGUAUACGUCCGUCGUUGUCUGCCGUUGAAGAUUGCUGAAAGGGCAAUGCUAAUAGACGUCACGUUUCUCAGUCUAUACGAGCGUGGCGAAAUUGCAUAACGCGGAAAAUGACGUGCGAUUGAAAUGUACUCGAUCUCUAUGGGUCAUCGAGCAUGAGUGUGCGUCACAACUUUUACGAGAAUUUUUAUUCUCCUUCCUAAGUACUUGUUAACUUUUUCUUCGCGUUUAAGCCGAGUAAAAAGGAACGCUUUGAUCUUUGUGAGUGCCUUUUAAACUCCGGGUCCGCGCGUGACAAAUGAAUUAUAAAUUUCCGGCAUCUGUCAUCGUCCCGCGACAUGACAUUUUACUUUUUUUUUUUCGCCAUUGCGAACGUACGCCAUUCUUAAAAUCGCGCAUUGUUUCCUUACGACAAUACAUCGUCUUUCUUCGUGACAAUGAACACGCAACUUCCGUCAUUUAAAUCAUUCCGCGGGACAUAUGCAUGCAAAAUAUUCUAAAAGUCGCUAACUCGCGCUUGUUUUUAAUUUAUUUCCAUGCAAAAUUGAUCGUUGCACUUUCAACAUACAUUUGUCAAGCAGAAAAUGCGAAAUCAAGUAAGAUAUUCGAGGGGCAUAAGAGCAGAAAACAAGACGAGCUAUUCUUAUCGAUGUAGGUCUAUUAGGUCUAGAUAAAGCUGACGUGUGACAAGAGAAGAACGUUGUCGUUUGUGCAUUCAGUAAUUUUAUGCAAUGUUACUGCGAAUAAUAUUUGAUAUCAAAGAGGUCAUUCGUUGAUCAUUCGCAAUGUAGCGCGCUUACACGCGGGCUAAAAAUAGUUUAGUCAAUAAUUCUAGUGAUCCCUCCUCUGCUAAUGUUAUCUGCGCGUUUGUGAAAUUUCACGUUAUCGUAGAGGCAUCGAACGAAUGUGAAUGCAACGUCAUCGAUACGACGCGCGUAUCAAAGGACUCUCAAGUCCGAUGAGGAGGGCUCGCCCGGUAUCAAUGCUCCGAAACCGUUCGAAUAUCCGCACACCCACGUGCGCGGCAUAGUAAACACGAAGAUUCGGUCGCCUCCUGGAAAAAGAGGAGGGAGAAAACAUGAAUGCCGGCGCGGAAGAAGAUGAAGAAGAGGCAGCGGUGAGAAGCGUGGGGAAGAGAGAGCGAAACAGAGAGAGAGAGAGAGAGAGAGAGAGAGAGAGAGAGAGAGAGAGAGCCACAGCCAAGCUAAUGGUAAUGGUAUCAAGCCAGUGUCUCGCGAACCGCGCUCGAGGUCGGUACACACGUUCACCUCUGCGUGAUUCCACAUGCGCUCGCCUUCCGGUCCUUCCUCGAGGUUCGCAAAAUAUAAGUAAAGUGAGACAAUCGCUCAGAACUACAAGAUCGUCCAUCAGAGAAUACUCGACGAAAAUUUCACGCAUAGUUUCCUUGUGCUCCGUGAGAUCUCCGUGAUUUUCUUUAGCUAUUUUGUUAGGAAUUCCUUCGCCUAAGCGAAUUAUCUAUCAUGUUGUAUAUUAUGCUAACAUCUCAUCAGUGGGCUUGGCGCAAAGUAAUUAAAAGAUGCUAUGAUUCUAAUUUAUAACUGGCUUUGAAAGUGUGAUGUACGGAGGAAGGAAUUUGGAGAUUCUUAUUUUGGGUAUGAAAUCGGUGCGGAAGGAUUACGUCAACAAGAAAGAAGAGUGCUUGUCCGUGAGUGAUUCAUCGAAUGUUUCGCGAGAUUGUCACCGACUUUCUCUAAAACCAAAACUCAAUUAGUUUGCUAAAGUGCUUUUACAUCCUGAAAAUGAUUUAUAGCUCCUCGUUUGCUUGAAUCUCUUAUCUCGUAAAAUUUAAACUAUUAACUGUAACAAAUUGAGCAUAAUCGGAUCGUAAAAUAAUUUUUUGUCUGUGAGAGAUAACGGUACAUGUGACGUAUUGAACGUGUGCGGUGCGUACAAAAUUAUAAUACUUUAUAUAAAUCAAGAGUAACGUUUAAAACGAAAUAUUUAAAAAAAAAAAGUACCGCAAGUCACGUUAAAAAAAAAAGUUACGUCGUUACUGCGGCACGAAAAAUAUUCAAGAAUCAUUCUGGGCGGUGCCAACGUUCCAGUUCUUUUAAUCCCGUAUCAUCCAGCUUUAAAAGUCGAAGUUAUGUAAGGAACAAUUUUUUAAACGUCACGAAAAUCGCACUCUGUCUCGACACUCUCUGUGAACCUUAUAGCAGCAAUGCGAAAAAUUGCUGAUCAUUGAUAUUAUCUGAAUCGACGUUUUGAACCUAUCGGAAACCCUUCUCGAAGAAACUUAACGUCUAUCAAUUCAAGUUGGAAUAUUCUCUGGAAUUCUCGUUUAAUUUACUUCCGUACGUCAUUCGGGAGGAUAUGCGAUCGUCACGACAGGUGUCCUGUGGGACAAGACGGUCUCCCUUCUGACUAUGGGGUAGAAAUGUACCCCGGAAAAUUAAUCUGGGUCUGGGGCGUGCUGGCCCUCGGAGCAGGUACCCUUCUUCUGUCGGGUGAUCUGCAAUGGUGGAGCGGGUCGACAAUCCGGACGGAAGGCGGCGGCCCCGCGAGGCCAUCGAUUCUACUCGACGAAUCGACGAGGAGCAACGGUCCCUCCGUCCUCGAGCGAUCGACGACGAGGGAAGGCACGAGUUAUGCCUCGACGGACGGGAUCGUCUUCGAACCGCGAGAGAUCGGAGGUGACAGGCGACGGAAGAGGAGCACGCGACUGCAUUCACGCGACGACGAAUCGAUGAUCGUGGAGACGUCGGAGGAAGCCGGCGUGAUCUAUGAGAAGCGACGCGUGUCGCCGUCGAUCAUCGGCGUCGGCGAUCGGAAAAUCGACGAUGACGGACCGUCGCGAUGGAAUCUCCGCGCGAACGAAGGUGGCGGCGGGGCGUCAGAUGAAUCCUCGAAACAGGAUCGACACUCUGUAAUUAUACGAAUCAACGCGCACACGAAUGUCGAGGGUCGACAAGCGUCGGGAAGCGAGAAUAAACCGGGAAGAUACAUCGAGCGGGUAGGACGGCGUGAUAAAAAGGACAGUGAUCGAGCGACGGUCGACGUCGUAACUUCCUCGACGUUACGUAACGAUAGAUUCGAGGAAGAUCCCGUAGUAGGGACGGGAUCAAGAUCAAAAUCGAAAGAGGCUCGACGGGGAGGAACGGGGCUCGAUGUCGUGGGUCGGAGCACGCGAGCUCCUAGAUCGCGGGAGGCGAGUAUUAAAGUCGAUAACUAUCUUCGCUCCUCGACAUCGAGGAUGCUCCGCCGUAUUCGGAACUCGGGGAGUGUCGGUAAUCAUCGCGUUCCGAGGAUCGGCGCGUCGACGUCGAAGUCAGGCGAUCGAAGAGGAGGAAUUCCCGAGAUCGGCGAGAAGAAUGCGGGAUCGGAUGAUCAAUACAAAUCCGUCGAUUUCUCGCAUAUCUCGCGGACCGCGGGCGCGAUUAUGGAAAUCAAAGGGGAAAUUACUCCUGUAUUUUCCCGACCUGUAAUCGAUCACGAUAGAGAUGUCGAAGGGCCGAACGAAGCCGUGGAAACGUCCCGGUCCUCGUCCAGAAGACGAGCAACGAUACUUGGAUCCUUAGAACGAAAUACCGCGGAAGGGGACGCGCGGCGAUUCGCUGCAGGAAUGCAGGAGGACCAGCUCCUUUUUUUUCGCGGGGAUCGCAAGCGAGUUCAAUCUUCCGCGAUGAGCCCCGCGGAGGAGAUUCACGAUCAUAAAAAUUCGCCGGGAGAACGGGAUCGUGGAGAUCCUGCUAGGAAGAGACGCGAGACGACGAGCCGUGAUUGGUAUGCGCGAGCUUCGAACCGAUCGCGGAAUUUUCGAGGGCGUAACAGCAGCACUGCUCGUCGCAAAGAAAUUCUCGAAAAGUCAAUUAACAGCAAUGACGAACGAAAUGACAAAAAUAAUAACAAUUAUAAGGAUCAGGAAACGAAUCUCUUGGUCGACAAAGAUGAUAGAUUGCAGGACAUUCUCCCAAAGAAUUUAAACAGCAGCGACAGCGGACUUCAGAAUGAAGGUAAUGGCAAAGAAUCUUCGGAUGGCGCGAGUGCCUUUCAAUUUUUGAAUUCUGUCAUACCGCCGGACAACAAGAGGCGCAAAGUGACACGCGGCGAGGAUUCGAAGGACCUGAUGGUCACGAGCAACUUCGAAUGGACGAGUCAGGAUCGAGGGACCCGUAACGGGGCCCCCGUCCCGCGGCAUCGGCCGGCUUUCUCGCAGGACAGUCGCAAGACGUCGCACAACGGUUUCGCGAGGAGGAGGCACCGAUCCAUGGACCGACGAAAGGAUGCGCGGGGCCACAGAGGAAGCACCGGCGAGACGGGAUUGGCCGCGGUUCAGCGAGCGGAUCGACGCGAAACGGCGUACGACGAUCGGGGAAAACGAUACACGAAUUAUUAUUCCGCGCAAUCGGCCACCCCCAUGGCCUACGUGCACAUUCAACCGGCAUAUCCGGCGGCUCCGCCCAUGAACCGGAAAUGCGUACGGUGCAUGGUCGUUUACAAGCCUUGUCCUUCGCAGUCGCAGCCGCCGCCCAGGAUCGUGCUUCCUAGUUACAGGUACCACGAGCCGGCCACCAAGUGGCGAGGACUCAAGUACGGAUGUGGCUGCAAUACUUUGGGCUCCAUGAGUUCCGCCUGCGACAUCGUAUCUGGACAAUGUCAGUGUAAACCACAUGUUAUUGGCAGGCAGUGCAACGAGUGCACGGUCGGUUAUUGGGGGAUGGCGUCGGCAGCAGGCUGCACGCCUUGCGGGUGCGAUUCUAUGGGAUCCUACAACGCAUCCUGCCACAACGACACAGGAGAAUGCUACUGCAAGCCGGGUGUGGGUGGCCCACGCUGCGACACUUGUCUAUCCGGAUAUUAUGGAUUUUCUACGAACGGCUGUCAACUGUGCGACUCGUGUGUACGACCCGGUCACGUGUGCGACCCCGACACCGGUCGCUGCGUGUGUCCCCGUUUGACCUACGGCGAGCACUGCGACCGGUGCAGACCGGGUGCGUGGGACCUGGUGCCGCGCGUCGGCUGCAGGCCGUGCGCCUGCACCCUGGGCGCCACGCGAUCCCAGUGCGACCAUCAGGGUCAAUGCCCCUGCAGGAUCGGCUACGACGGGCUCAGGUGCGAGAAGUGCGCCAAGGGUUAUUACGGUUAUCCAAGGUGCCGGCCUUGCGGCUGCAACUUGGCCGGCACGACGCAGUGCCUGGACGGUUUCUGCGAAUGCGACGACAAGGGACAGUGCCCGUGUAAGGAACUGGUCAUCGGACGACAGUGCAAUCAGUGCAAGGAAGGUACGUUUGGCCUUGCGGCGGACAAUAUCAGAGGAUGCACCGAGUGCUUCUGCUUCGGAAGGAGCAUUCUGUGUCAACAGGCUGGACUCAGUUGGGGUCAACGCAGAUUGACUCGGCCUCGCGUACUUUAUAUCAACGACACGGUCAGCGAUGUGAUAAUAACGAACUUUGGCUCCACGACUGUAUUGCCAGCGGUGAACGGUGGAUUGAACGUGACAAAUGGCCUCUCCGUAAUCCCCGGAACCAAUGGCGAUGUCACGCUGCCGACAAAUUUGUAUUACAGUUAUCCCUUGUACUGGAGACUGCCGGAUUCUUUUCUAGGCGAUAUGGUCGUCUCUUAUGGAGGAUUCCUGCGCUUUAAAACCUCGACGGAAGGCGGGAUACCUCUAAGAUCGAAUCUUCGAUAUCCCGUGGUGCAGUUGCAAGGCAACAAUAAGAUUGUCUUGGAAUAUUAUCUGCAUCUACCAGUGACCGAUAAUCGUUAUGAAGUCAGAUUCCACGAGUCGCUGUGGCAGCUUCAAAACAGACCGGAUUACAAAGUUUCCAGGGAGGUUUUAAUGGUCGCGUUACAAAAUCUGCAGUACAUCUUCGUAAAAGCUUCGGACAACGCCGAAUUUACGAAAGCCACAUUACUGGAAGCUUCCCUCGACGCCGCGGUCCUGAUGCCUACGCACUCGCCACCGUUGGCGACCGGAGUGGAGAUCUGCCAGUGCCCGGCGGAAUACAACGGCACAUCUUGCCAGGAUCCUAGCAUCGGUUUUUACAGGUGGUACAAGAACACCACCGCCACAUCCACCAUCGUGAUCGAUCUUGUCGGACAAGCCAGGCGCUGCCAGUGCAACGGGAGAUCCGAGGUGUGCGACAGGGAGACGGGAUAUUGCUUGAACUGCAGAGAAAACACAGUUGGUGCACAUUGUAAUGUUUGCGCUGAUAGUUUCUACGGUCAUCCAGAGCUCGGAGGCUGUAAGCCAUGUCCAUGUCCGCAAGUUGAUAAGAGAUUUUCGAGUACCUGUGUGGUUCGUGCAGACAAUGAACCUAUUUGUCACUGCAAGCCAGGUUACAUCGGUAGAAAAUGCGAACGUUGUGCCUACGGCUAUUACGGCUCUCCUGGCCUUCCGGACGGCAAGUGCGAUCCGUGCAAUUGCAACCUGGCAGGAAGUUUGAGCGACGUUUGCGACGGCGAGACAGGACAGUGCAAAUGCAGACAUGGUUCUACGGGCAGGGAUUGCUCCCAGUGCACGGCAUAUCGACACGUUUACAUAAACAAUGUUUGCACUUCAUGCGAUGACAAUUGUACGGGAAUUCUGCUUGAUACUGUUGCGAUGCUGUCCGGAGACUUGGCAAGGGAAACGGGACACAUAGCAGAUGGUUACAUUCCACCACCGUGGGAAGAAUUGUCAUAUAUUGAUACCAACGUGACUGCAUAUUUCGAAGAAUUGGAGCUGCGAACUCAUCUACAAGAAAGAAUGAGAAACAUGCCAUGGCAGCAAUACAAAAAGCUUGCGGAAGACGUUGAAACUUCGUUAAGAAAUUGGAAUAAACGUGCAAAAUAUGCUGAUACAUUGAAGACUCAGAGCGGAGAUUUGAAAAAUAAUAUUUUUACCGCGAAGAUCACGCUCGAUAAUUUAAAAAGAAAUAUAGGAGAUACAACUGCGGAACUUAAUCAAUAUAGUAACGAUAAUAGAAGAAUAGAAAUCAAGAAAGCCUUAAAAACGGCAAAGUCAAUCUUAAAUUAUCUUAAAUCCGUUGAUAUAGCCAGGAGAACCACGGAAGUGGAAAACUUCCUUGAUGAUGUUACCAAAUACGUGGCGUGGCUAAAUUCUCUUUACGACGCGACUGAGCCUUUAGCGGCCACUCAGGAUGAUGUUAAGGAUUAUGAGAUAAAGUUGGACGAUAUGCAAAUGAUUAUGGAAAACACUAUGGAAACAUUGUUCAGCUAUGAUAGUUUGUACAACCAUAUCAACGGGACAUUUUCCGAAACCGAGAAUCAAUGUGCUCAUAUCGGGAUGCUGCGCGACAAAACGAACGAAGCGAUCACCGAGGGGAAGAAACUUGUUGAUGAGGCUCAUGGUUUAUUUGUCGACGCGGAAAAUAAUAUUCAAGAUCUCCCAGACUCGCGGGAUAAAUUAACAUUUUGGACGGAGAAGCUGAACAUGAAAGAAGAACUCUUGUACCGAUUAAAUUAUGAGUACGACGAGAAGUAUGUGGUGCCGGCAGUGCAACACGCGAAGAAUCUAUCCAGUUAUGCCGAUCAAUAUGUCAGUUUAUUUGCCGAGACACGAGAUAUUGCGGCCAGUCCCCUAAAGGCAAGUCAGGCCUAUAAGAAUAUCGUUGAUGGUCUACAAGCGGCGAGAACCACUACACUAGCAGCCAAGGAAAUUCUUGAGGACAUACACAAAAAGGCUUUCCCUUCUUCGGGACAGAAAUCUCUGUUGGAUAAUGCCAAGGAAGUAUUAGCCAAGUCUUCGCAACAGUGGGAAUUAGCGAAGGAGCACGGCAAACUAGUCAGAAACGCGAAUGCUGAGUUGGAGGCUCAGAAGCAAGCUGUGCUUGUGUUGAAAAAUACGUUGAACAGCACUGGGAUAAAAGAUAAUGAGAUAAAUGUGAAACUACGUGAGUUGCAGAGUAAUAGUAAAAAAUUACAUGAGGAUCUAUUAGAUAUUUUGGAGAACAAUGAUGACGUAGCAAACUCAGUAAAGAAUACGCAACGAUUGAUCGACGAUUACAAGCAAGGCAUUACUGACAGACUAAAGCCGAAAUUGCACGAAUUAAAGCAUGAAGGCGAUUCGAAGAUUGGCCUCGCCAGCGAAAAAUUGUCAGAAGCAUUGAGCAAUAUUAAGAAAGCCGAUGCAAAAUUAAUAAGUUUGUCGAAUGCCGCGAUGAGGCGAAAAGCUGUUUUUGACAAGUGGAAUGACACGUUAGCUUCGAAAUUACAAAAUCUCAAAGAUAAAAUUGCAGAGGCUCGAAAUACUGCCGACGGGAUUCGCGUUUCUCUGCGAUCGGUGGAGGGUAAGGAAUGUAUCCGUUCGUACAGACCGGCGACGCUACAGCCUUCGUCAACGACGUCGAUCGUAAUAACAUUCGCACUUCCAACUGCACACAAAGAUGGUUCCUUGUUUUACUUGCCCAGUGGAAUUAACGAUGAUUUUGUCGCUUUAGAAAUAGUUGACAAAAAGGUGCGAUUUUUAUGGAACGUCGGUGGUGGUACUGGAAUACUAACACAUCCUGAGAUUUUGGAAAGCGGCGAUCUACAGAAUGAUAGGUUUUGGUAUCGGAUCGAGGCUGAAAGAACGCGGCACACAGGCAAACUGAACGUACACAAACAGUCUUCGACGUCUGGAAAGUAUCUUCCAGUCAUUAACAUGACUAAUUCCGAGUAUGGUCGUUUCGACGUUUUACCUACGGAUCGAGUAUGGAUAGGAGGUAUCCCUAAAUCGCAAAGAAGACCAACAGAACUGAUCGCCGGCAAUGGUCUUCCAGGUUGCAUUCACCAAGUGAUCUUCGAUGGAAGACAAAUCGGUCUCUGGAAUUUCAUCACGACAGCACCGGACAUGGCUUGUAAAGCUUGUGUGGAAGGAGUGGAAGAUGCCAGAAAUGAUAUUGCUUAUAGUUUCAAUGGAGAGGGCUAUGCUGUGAGAAACAGAGUUUCAUCGGGUCCAUACAAUAAAUAUAUGUUUGGAGUUUCGAUUAAUUUUCGAACAUACGAUGAAAAUGCAUUGCUAUUUCUAGCCAUUAACAAAGAUAAUAAUCAGCACAUCAUGAUUUUCCUGCGGGAAGGAAAAGUUAUUCUCCAUGUCGGUUAUGGUGGGAAUAUUAGUUUGGAAAUGUCCUCGACUUAUAAACACAACAAUGGCAACUGGACGAAGGUAGACGCAUUCCGUCAGUAUCAAGUACACAAAAACAUCGAAAAAUGCAGCCUUAGCAUCAAUAACGACAAGCGAAUUGCUGUACCUUCGCCACAACCUGAAAAGGAGGAUAUCCCGGAUUUGGCGCAGGCCAAAUAUUACAUCGGUGGCGUACCACCGAGCUUCCGCGACGAAAAACUAAUAUUACCCUCACAGGUGUCGUUCCUCGGAUGCAUGUCCAACAUUGUAGUGCAGGAGGGUUACGACCCCAUGGCCGAACAAUAUUACGGGGUGGAAUCCAGUUGCGGUAAUAAACCAUUGAAGAUAGUCGGAUUUUACGGUGAUGGAUAUCUCGAGCACUCUGCGUUUACUCUGCGGAAAAUUCAAUCCGUUUUAAGCUUUUCCUUCAGAACUAUGCAGGAUGCAGCUAUGCUUCUUCUCUCUACAUUCGAAGGUCACGAAGAUAGAUUGAGUGAUAAUGCUAACGAAGCAGAAAAAAGAAAUAGCUACUACUCCGUAUGCAUUUUCAAUGGACAAGUGCAUGUUCGCUUAAAUGCUGGUCACGGUGAGUUGAUUCUUCAAUCGAACAACACUUUCAACGAUGGAAGAUAUCACUCGAUCACCGUUAUUAAGAAAAGAAAAGAAGUGGAGCUGAGAAUAGACGACGCAUAUCAAACAUCAGGAAAAUUACGUAACAGUAUGGCAAUCAAGGCUCCUGAUUCAAAUGGGGGAUUAUUCUUUGGUGGGCUACCGGCUCUCAUUAACAAUACAAAAAUGGUAGCAACUAACACGCCACUGUACGGCGCUAUCAAGGAUGUGAUUUUCAAUGAUGUAAAUCUUCAAUUCGAUGAUGCAGUUAAUUUCGACCACGCUUUAAUCGGCCGUUCUGGACCAAGUAUGGGAAAGGACAUGCCAAGUUAUGCGCCGUCGGCGCCAUUGUCCCGAGGGAUGUCUACGCAACCCGAAGGAUGCCAGAAGGUGCCUUAUUACUCACUGGAACCGGGUGCUUUAAAAUUCGGCGAUAAGCCACACAGUCACACGCAGCUUUAUCUUAACUUCAAGAAAUUCUGGGAGAAGAAAUAUACGAUAGAAUUCGAUUUUAGGACGUACUAUCCUAACGGGUUGCUGUUCAUUACUCCGUAUUUACAGGGUAUUCGUUUAAAGCACUAUCUGAUGGUGCUCAUCCGGGACGGACAGCUUCUUCUGAUAGUGAGGAGUAAACAGAAAAAAGAAAUGUUGUUCAAGACACCAUUCAAUGAUGGCAAUUGGCAUCAUGUAGUUAUCAGCCACGAAGAAAGAAAACUUACUCUAUUAGUAGAUACUCAGGCACCUCGCAUCCUCAAAGUACCGAAGAGGAUCGGUCUCGCGUCUAUGAUGUACAUCGGCGGUCUUCCGGAAAGUGGAACGCCUAUCCCGGAACAAGUGGUCGUCAGAUUGGAGACACUGAAAGGAUGUAUCAGAGGCCUAAAAAUAAAUGGAAACGUUUACGAUAUGGUAGGCUCUACCAGUAGAGCUUUCAACGUCGGUCAAUGUUUCCCGAGUGUCGAGAGCGGAGCGUAUUUCCAGGGCGAGGCUUAUGCUAUUUAUCGAAAUAACUUCGAAGUGGAGGGCGUGCUCGAACUUCAACUGGAAUUCAGAACGUCGGAAGUGUCCGGCGUGUUACUGUCAAUUACCGCACCAAAUGGCUCACCUUCUCUGUCACUGGAACUCAACAGUGGCAAAGUGAUCAUGUCGGGUGAUCUAGGCGACAACAAUCCGCUAUACGUGGAGCAGAGCUUUGCCAGUCACUACGCAAUCUGCGACAAUCAAUGGCACAGGAUACAAGCCGUGUAUAACGAUGAGGAACUGGCGCUCAAGGUGGACGAGCUGGACCAAAAAUACGGCCUGCCCGCGAACGUCAAUUAUCAUUUCAAUAGUUCUAUCUUCUCCGGUCCGUUGUACAUAGGCGGUAUACCAGCAACGGCUCAGAAAGGCUCGCUUUUAACGCGAGACCACUUCAAUGGAUGCAUUAGGAAUGUGAUGAUAAGAGGAGAGAGGCGAGAUUGGACGGACAUGGCUGAGCUUCACAACAUCCAUCUAAGCUCUUGCCCGGUUCAAUCAUAGCAAGGAUGUAAAAGAAAGAAUAAUUACCUCGGCGUUUAGCGCUUUUAGUUCCAAAGACUGCUCGAAAAGUCGCAUCGGGUUCAACAAUCGCACCGGGAUUAAUGUGCCAUAUAUAUUCACAGACGACGAGUUCUUUAAGAUUUAACAAAGCCAAAAGAUGCUAAACCGUAGACCGUUCCAUUAGGCUAAUCGUCGUAACAUGAAGUUAGAGAAAAAGAAAAGGGAGUGAGAGAAAGACAGUAUGUGUCAAUCUCGCUGUGGCAGACAAAUGAUGGCACGAAUAAUUUCGUCGUAUACACGCAAGCCAUGCAUAAGACGUGUAGACAGUGAACAUUUUACGUGGAAAUAGCCGAGACCACUGCCAUAUAGUUUAAUUAUUCGCCGUAAGACACAAACAACUUGUACAUCAGUAUUUAAUAUCGUUAUUUAUUAUCGUUAGCGUAGGUCCGAUCGCGAGUGAUCACCACGUUGAUGAGCUAGCAAAUAAAAAAUAACGCGAUUACGUUUUGUACUUUUAUAGUUAGGUUUCUACUAGAGUCCGAUAUGUACAUUACAGAUUUUUUAUAUUCGAAAAAUUUCGAAAAACAUGCAAGUGCCCUGUAAAAAAAGAGAAGUGUCCUUUAAUCACGCACACAGAGAGAUGAUGAUCGAAGAAUAUUUAUAUCUAAUCUUCUCUCUCGAACAUAACACACGCACACUUUUUUGUUGAACUGUAAUAUAUUACAUAUACACAAGGAAAAUUAACAAAUGACGAAUUCGCUGUUAUGUAUAAAAUAUAUAACAAGAGAAAACACGCA